GUUUUCCUCACAGGACAAGUGUUGAGUCCAGCUCAGCUGUGAACCUUCCUCUACACGAUGACGAUGAUGCAGGUAAAAUCAUUUGUAGGGCUGCUGGUUUUGGUGGCCUCGGUCCACUCCGACUCCCUGUUCUCCAUGCCCAUUGACUGUGAUGACAUCUAUAGCCAUGACAACACCAGCUCCAGUGGGGUGUACACCAUCUACCCAGGAGGUCCAACUACACCCAUAAAUGUCUUCUGUGACAUGGAAACUGACGGAGGCAGAUGGACUGUAUUUCACAGGAGGUUGGAUGGGUCUGAAAACUUCUACAGGCCCUGGAAACAAUAUAAGAUGGGAUUUGGGAAUGUAGCUGGAGAAUAUUGGCUCGGCCUGGACAACAUCUUCCUGCUGACUAUGAGGAAGAAGAAUGAGCUGCGGGUGGACAUGGAAGACUUUGAGGGAGGGAAGGAAUCUGCCCAGUACGCCGCUUUCUCAAUCGACUCUGAGAUCGCCGGAUACCAGCUUCACGUGGGCAGCUUCACUGGUGGAGGGGCAGGGGACAGUUUAACAAACCACAACAACAUGAAGUUCACCACCUAUGACAAGGACCAGGAUCAGUGGGAUAAAAACUGCGCUCAGCAUUUUCUGGGUGCAUUCUGGUACAACGCCUGCCACAUGGCAAACCCCACGGGCAUAUACGUGCCUAAUGGUGCCAUCGGAUUUGAAAACGUCCACGUCAUCUGGCAAACGUGGAAAGGUUGGAACUACUCCCUCAAGACUGUUGCCUUGAAAAUGAGAUCAGUCGCCAAGUGUUCAUGCACAUAUUAACCUGAUUAUCUGAUAGAUUAACUCCGUCAGGCUAGGAGAGUUGGGAUGUGGGGGAACAUCAUCAGAACUCAGAACCAACAAUAUAUAUAUAUAAAAAAAAUUACAAAAUGUCAAUUUGCCCUUUAUUACUCAUCUUGUCUCAAAAUCACAGACAGUCAUAAUAUCUUAGGUGAGCUGGCUGCGUGCAUUUUCUCCCUAUGCUUUUUUUUACCUGAUGAUCAUUUUCAUUGCUUAAUCAUUUCUUUUGUUUUUUUUUAUUUGUACUUAGUGAUUAUUGCUUUUGACUGAUGUUGAUUUGAGUGAGUAUUAUAUCAAUAAACGUGAUAGUUUUAACCAUA